AUGGGGUCAGUGUCCCUGAAAUUGCCGGCGUCCCGCCGCCGGCACGGCCGGGUCCUCACCUGCCUCUGCUCACCGGCGCUGCUCAACCUCCUCAUGCUCAUCUCCCUCCUCGCCACCAACCUCCUCGCCUUCUUUGCUUUCUUCGCCGCCUCCCCCCGCCACGACCCCGCCGCAACCCACUCCUCCAACCUCUCCGCGCACGUGGCCGCCAUCGCGCGCGAGAUCGGCGGCGGCGCCUCCGCCACCGCCGCGAGCCUCCCCGACGGCCUGCCCCCGGAGCUGCUCCUCUUCCUCACCCCGCACGCGCUCCCGCUCGGCCGCGACGCGCGGUCCGGGCUCACCCACAUGCAGUCCUCCGUCGCCACCGCCUGCCUCCGCUCCCCCUCCGCGCUCGCCCUCCUCUCCACCUUCAUGGCCUACGCGCCCCACUCCUCCUGCCCGCGCAACGCCACCCUCCCGCGCCGCCUCGUCUCCAAGGGGUGCGAGCCGCUGCCCCGCCGCCGGUGCCUCUCCCGCGGGCCCCGCGCCGCCUCCUCCGCCAUGGGCCUCGACAACCGCCGCUGGGUCGCCCCUCCGCGGCACGGCCACGAGUUCCUCCUCGACGACGUGCUGCGGCUGAGCGCGUCCUCCAAGAUCCGGAUUGGCUUCGACGUCGCCGGCGGCGCCGCCAACUUCGCCGCCCGGAUGCGGGAGCGCGGGGUGACCGUCGUCACCUCGGUGCUCGACGGCGCCGGGAAGCCGAUGAACGAGUUCGUGGCGGCGAGGGGCCUGUUCCCGCUGCUGCUCUCGCCGGCGCAACGCUUCCCCUUCUACGACGGGGUGUUCGAUCUGGUGCACCUCGGCGCCACGGCGUUGGACGAAGCCGGCGCGCCCGCGAUGGGGCAGGCGGGGACACCGGAGGCGCUGGAGUUCUUCUGUGGGAUCAGGUUGUUGUCAUUGUGGCUCCGACAGAGCCGCCUAGAUGUUUCGGGGUGGCAUUUGCAUGUGUCGCCCUUCGACCACGGGGGCGGCACACCGGUGUCGUCGCCCAGUCUCGGCUAUCUGACGCCCUUUGACUGUAGAUGUAGUUCAUAUUUCACAAUUGAAAUCAACCAUGGUGGAUUUUUUGUGGGGGAUGGUUGCAACAGAGUUUAUGUUGAUGGCCACAUUAUCUACUAUGAUCAAGUAGACACUCUGAUGUGGUCUCCUUUGUUGCUCGAGAAGAUUAUUGAAGAAAUAGGGUAUGAGGUGGCAGGAAGAAUGAAGGUUUUCUACUGUAUUCCAAUGCUUACUAUAGAGAACAAUGGAUUGAGGGAGAUAAGGGAUGAAGUGGGAACCAAUUUUAUGAAUACUCUAGUUGACAUUGGGCAGCACUACUUCAAGAUUUAUUUGGAUCAUGAUCAGAAUAUGAGCUUCAAGAAUUAUGAUGAUGUUGUACAUUUCCCAGUUGCUCCUUUGCCCCCUAUCAUUAGCCCUUCAAAGUCAUGUACUAGGACCCAGCCAGAGAUGUCAGCUACUCAAAUGGAUGUGCAAGAUGUGGAAUGUGUUCUUGGUAGAACAAGGCAGAGUAGUAGGAAGAGAACAAUCUCGGAACCUGUUAGCGAAGUAUCUGGAGAAGAUAAAGACAGUGAUGGUGAAAAUGACUCUGACUUUGACUGUGUUGACUCAGAUUAUGAGGUUAGUAAAGGUGAUGAUGAUUUGUAUGCAGAUAAUGUAGAUGGGGAGUCUGAUGAUGACCAAGUUCAGAGUUUGUCAUUGAAGGGCAAGUUUGCUUCUCUAUAUUUAUGUCCAUACCCCAGGUUAGAUGAUCAUUUCAUUUUUACUUCUCUAUAUUUAUGUCCAUAUGUAUGA